AUGUGUACAUUACUUGGUGAAAUAACAAAAUUACAAAAACAAAAUAAUCGUUUAAAACAUCGUUUAAAAAAUAAAAAUAAAUUAAAAAAUAAAGAAGAUGAAGAAGGAGGAGGAGAAGAUGAAAAUAAAAAAGAAAUUUUAAAUAAAAAUAAAAAUAAUUUAUUAUCAAAUUAUUUAAUUAAAAGUGGAUGUACAGCAGCUAUUUGUUCUUUACCUAGUAAACGUUUAUUUAAUAAUGUUGGUAAUAAUUUAUCAACAAAAACAACAAAUAUUGAUGGAGAAGGAAAUACAACAAAUAGUUUUUGUUUUCCUUUAUUACAAGUUUUUUUUGAAAAUAAACAAAAAUAUUUUUCUUUAAAGAAAUCUUCCGGAAAUUCUACAAGUUGUUCUUCUGCAGUUAGUGAAUUAUUUUCAAGGCAAAAAAGAUUAUUAAUUAAUAACUGUAAUGGUGGAGGAGGAGAAGGCACAAUUGGUGGAAGAUUUUUAACAAUGAGUGGAAGUGGUGGAAGUAGAGGGGCACAGGAACAGCUUAGUCCUUUACCUCCAAUAAAUAAAAUUGGUUGUGUAAAUAGUUUAUCAGUAAGUGCUUAUUCUGCCGAUCUUUCCUCUGAUUCUUCCGGACUUUGCCGUAAAAAUUUUGCAUUAAAUAAUCAAAUAAAUAAUCAACCAAAAUUGGGUGAAUCUGAAUUAUUAUUUGAUGAUGAAUGGGAAUUGGAGAACUGUGAAAAAGAUUUAAAUAAUUCAAAUUUUAAUCAUCGACGUAAAAUGGAAAGACGUGCAGAUGAACAACAACAACAACAAUUUCUUCGUCUUUCGAAUUCCUUAACUUCAGGAACAAGCCUUUCUGUAGGAAGUAGCAGUGCAAGUUCUUCAGUAGAACCUCCAAUAAAUACAAAUAAUUUAAUGACUUCUUCAAAAAAUAGUCUUCUUGAACUUUUUGGAUUUGGUGCUUCUUCUAGGCGAAAUCAAUGGAGAAAACAAUUAAAUAAUAAUUUAAAUAAACAACAAUCAUCAAUAUCAAAAAUUGUAGAUAAUUUAGUAAUUAAUACACGGAAAGUUGGGGGUGGAAAUAAAAAAAGAAGAAAAGGAAAAAAUGAAGAAAAUGAAGAAGGAGGAAAUAAUAAAAGACAUUCUACAGCAUUAUUAAUGUUUUCUAAUGAAAAUACUGAUGGAUAUUCUUCUUCUUCUGGAGGAGGAGGAGGAGGGGGGAAUUUAACAGAUAGUCAAAUAAAAAUAGAAUCAGAACCUUCUAAUAAACAACAAUUUUUAAUUAAAUGUAGAAAUAAUAAAAAUAAUAAUAAACGUCCACAAAGCUGUUUUUUGGAAACAAAUAAGAAUAAUAAUAAAUUAAUAAUUAAAGAGUUUUGUAAAGAAGAUAAAGAAGGAAAAUUUAAAAUAAAGUUUGUGUUUGUUUUUUAA